AUGACUUCCACAUUGUACCGGUCCUUCCUCCGAGUUUUGGAAAAGUGGCCGGUGGAGCCAACCAAAAAAGGCCGGGAUUUGGGUCAACACAUUCGUCUCUGCGUUGCAGAAGCUUUCCGAGGAUCUGACCCACACGAGUCAAGCAAGUGCCAAGAAAUUCAGGAAUCGCUCAACCGAAUUGCUAGCAAUAAAUAUAAUGACGCCUUUUACGUGUCGGGGGCUGUUUCAUCCUCGGGACUCUCUCAAUCAGAAUGCCAGCAAAUUCUUUCGAACGAAUUUUUGAAGUUGUUGGCAGAGAAGGAUAAAGGAAACAUCAAAACGUUGAAGGAGAAAUUUUUAAAAAGUGAAAAUAAGGAUAAUUAG